AUGUCGGUCCGACUUGUAUCCAGCGCCAAAAACCUGCGCGAGACCUUCAAAAACCAAACAGGGAGCUCUUCCAACCUGCCCGCUUCUAGCGGCAUCAGCAUCUUCACAGCCACGAGUGACAUGUCUCAAACUCGGUCACUCGACCCAACUUCCCCUUACUCAGGCAGCAAUCCAUCGCUCUCUCGACGGGGCAGUCUCCUGCGCUCCUCCAGCAAUGGCAACCUUCGCCGUGCCAAGAGUGUCCAGAAGAAGGGUCUCAUGUCUAAAGUCUUUGCUGAGGCCGAGACCGAGAGCAACAUGGCAAUGCCUGAUCUAUCUAUGGAGAUGACCCUUUUGAUCGUAAAGCGCUGUGUCAAAGAAAUUCGAGAUAGAGGCAAGUUCAACCAGUUCCCCUUUUUCCUUUUGUGUUAUUCUUGUCGACUCACAACAAAGGGCAUUCUGCGCCAGGUGCAGAUGGGUCAGAGCCAGAAAGUCAUCCUUAACACGAUACGCAUGAUCCUCGAUGAUGAUGCCAGCACCGAGCUCUCACCGUUGCACCGACUCGAUAUCCAUCUGGUUGCUCACGCCAUGAAGUGGGCCAUUCGAUACUCAGAAGAGACUCUUGUCACAUAUGAUGACUAUCGCCUUCUGUAUCUCGACCAAGAUCGCAACUUUACAAAGUUCAUCAAAGAUCUUCCAGCAACAAACCGGUCCAUCCUGCUCGAUCUCUUUUCUCUCUGCGCCGAUGUCACUCUCCUUGCUCAUCUCAACGGCAUGACGCUGGUCGUGGUCGCCAAAGCUAUAUCACUGAGCAUCAUGGCUGAGCCCGAGCGCGAGUUCACCACCUUUGACGCCUCUCUCCAACAACGUAACCUCUGGGGCGCUGCCUGCGAAGACCUCCUGCGCGCCUUCCUCCGCAUCAAGACUCAAUACGACCUUGCCAAAAUCGACCAACCUGACGACUGGGACGAGAACACAUAUUUCUGCAACGAGACCCGAGUCCUCAAGAGUGCCCGCCAACAAAACGAGGGUAAGGCUAGCAUGCGGAUGCAGAUACCCUACCAGAACCUACCCUCCCGCCUCGAUAUCUCUCUUCCUUCGAGUGCUGGCUCUAGCAUGCCCAUGAGCGCAACGACUCCUCGCAGCUUUGCCAACGCCAACGGAUACUUUGACACCGUUUUGACGCCACAGUCAGCAUCUUCGAUCACUCAUGCCGGUGGCGUCUUCGGAGACUCUCUUUCCCGAUCUCAGUCCUUGGCCAAGUCGAGCGUGUCCAUCUCAAGACCCACCUCGCCUCUCCUCCCAUCCCCUCGCCCUACAUCACCCUAUUACGAAGAGGAACGAACCGAGUACGAGGAGAUCAUGCAGGACAUGUCCCACCUCAACCGUCUUCGUCAACAGGAAAACAUGUCUGCACAUCAGCUGUUGCGGCCAGCCGUGAUGACGAACCGCAGACGAUCGUCAGUCGCCGAUAUGGAGAGUCUUUACGACAAAUCGACUGACCCAGAGGCCCCUGAUGCAGAGGAGGGAUAUGACUCUGACCCCGAGGUGACCCACGCCAACGAACCCGAGGAUCCCCAUGACUCUCUGAUCCCUGACUUCGCCGACGGUCUUGGAUGGGACUUUACCCAGAACAUUGACACGCGCUCUGAUGAGAUGCCUUCGUUGGCCAACUUCCAGAGGGACCCCCUUCGCACAGCAGCUUACCUGGACAAGCAUGGAGUCACCCGGUCAAACAGCGCCAGCAGCAACAGCAGUGGGUUCGGCCUUGCCGGUCCCCCAGCUGCCUCUCUCCGCAGCUUCCGCGAUCUCCCACAGGAUAAGUUGACCUCCAUGCGUAUGCGCCACAUGCAAGAGAACCAGCCCAACCUGUACCAAGCAUUGAGUCGUGCUCAAUCUCAGCAGGACUUUUCCUGCAAUGGCAUCGCCUCUGGUAGCUCUUCUCCCCAGAACUCGCUCCACCGCAUGGCUGCCUCGAACAAUGCUCGCAUCGGCCAAGUCCUCAACAACCCCGCUGUUAGAACCUCGCCCUCGAUGCGUCCUCAGCGUGCUCGUCGCAACUCGGCCCUCCGUCGCUCCAUGUCGAUGGAUCCCUUCAGCAACAUCAGCAUGGGAUUCCGUUCCAACCGGCGUCCCAACGAGAUUUAUAGCGAGCCCAUCAUCCUUCACCCACAGCUGCUGCAGACCGACGGACAGUCUGUCAUUGAUUUUGUGGUCAGCGACCCUUACUUGCAGCUUCAUGAUAUCUGUGAUGAGGAACCAGCCCGUGCCAGCUCAGAGUUCUCUCUCCAAUCUUCCCCCAUGGACUUGGAGGGCCUUCCUGUCCAGCCUCGCCGUCGCUCCCAGUUGACCUUGAGCGACCGCCCCAAGUCGAUGAUGGACCUCAAUGCCCGCGACUUCCCCUCUUUCACCACCAGCAUGGGUAUGCGAUCCCAGACGUCUCAACCCUCUGGCAAUACUUUAUCUCUCCCUAUCGAAACUUCGCAUUUGGUCAGCUCACCCGUGCACGAGCUUCCUGCCGAGAAGGCGUUCGAGGUUGUUUCGCGUCCACCAAAGGUCGCCGAGGUCAGCGUCAUUUUCACUCCCAUCGCUACUGGACCCAUCUCUCCUCGAGGUGAGGUCAGGUCCAAGUUCCAGGAGAGCUUCCCUGAACGCCCUGUCUCGCCUCCUCCAGGCUACAUUCAGGGCCAGGCUGGGUCUUCGUCGUCUGCGAAUGGCAGCAGCAACAACAAGCGCUCGCCUACUAGUAGCACCAGCGCCCGCAGUAACUCUUCCACUGCCUCUUCGCCACAUCAGCAAAAGGGCGGUGCCCAACAACCCAACCAUUCGCGCAGCACUGGUGGUGUUGGUGCUGACAAGAACCGACCUGCUCUUCAGCAAGGAGUUACCUUCUCCAGCUCUUCGACAUCUUCCUCGCAGCUGCUCAGCGUGGACACUGGCAACAAGUCUAAGACGCCAGGCUUCAUCCGCGCCUUGUCAUUCAAGCUGCGCAACAAGCAGAGCGAUGACCAGCUGAAGCCUGUGAGGAUCAACAACCAGGUAGUUGGCUCAGCCACGCCUACUGCCGCUGCACCUUCAAUCGCUUCCACUGCGACCGCCACCACCGCUGCUACGGCAGCCCCAGUGGUCUCGAUCGAGCCUCCUCGUCUGGAGCUCAACUUUUUCGACGACAUGCUGGGUGCCGUCACCGGCGCGAGUCAGGACCAAGAGGACAACCUUCUCAGUCCUGCACCCGCUACCGCCCCUGCUUUCAUGCACCUCGGCGACGGCGGUUCUUCGGACAGCUGGAGACGUAUGGCACAGGAGUCCUUCCCUAUAUCUGCUGGCAGCUCGAUGUCAGUCGCCAGCACCAUAACCACCACAACGGCAACGACAGAGUCGACUUUAGGAUUCAACCGCAACUUCAGUGGCAACAAUGGCUUAAUGCGAGCCAAUAACAGCUUCAAUGGCGCACGACGCGCCUCGACCGCCAGCAUUGUGGGUGGUUCGGGUGGUUCUCUCUCGCCUACUAGGGAACAGCAUCGCCGCAAGACCAUCAAGAGCCCAUUCAUGACCGCAGCAGCCAACUCUGCUCUUUCCAUGGCCGCCAAGAAGAAGAAUGGUAUGGCUCUCAGUCCACCCUCCAGCCCUCUUGGUCGUUCAAAGAAGGCUUCUACUACUGCUGUUGUGCGUGAUUUGUCUGGAGAAGCCCUUGUCUCUGACAGCUCUUACACUACAGACGAUAGUGGUGCGGCUUCGAACGAGGAGGAGUCAUCGUCGACCGAUCCUUCUUCCGCAUCCGUAUCCCUCAAGUCUUCUUCUUCGGACGGUGCCAUGACCUCCUCCAAGCCUCAAGAUACCACCCCCAUUUCACCUACUAGAGAAAGCAUCCCCAAGAAGGCAGCCGCUGCGGGUGAGAAGAAGGAAUACCGGUUCUCAACUGCAACGCUCCUGAAGGAUGGUAAGCUCUACUACCAGGUGCAAUGGGACCAGUUUUCCGAGAUUGGUUUUAAAUCUGAAUUCCUCACUGAAUCGGAGCAGUCCCUGCGCGGAAUCCAAAAAUCUUCUCAACAACGGAUGUCGUCCCAGGAGGAUCCUUGGAAGCAGAGCUCGAAUGUAGCAGCGACAGCAGCGGAAUUGGAGGAGGAGUCACCAUUCCAACAAUUACAGUCCCAGCGACAGCAGCAACAGCGAGCGAUGACAGCAAACUCGGAUCUUCCAGGACAACAGCCGUCUCGUCUAGGCCAAGCGAUCAACAAGAACAACGGACAACACCAGGAUCAAGGACCGAGCCCAGCCCAGAGAGCCGCGGCGUUGAAGGCCGCUCAAGAGAGUUUCCUUGCCCUGGCCAAGGACCCCAAGGCAAUGGCAGCAUUGAAGGCCGGAUCGACGGGAGGGGUGGGUCAGGGGACGAUUAUCAGCAGCGGAUCGUUUGUUCGUGGUUCGACCAUGCCCCAGUUGGACAGCGUUCCCCGUGCCGUGAACUCGCCCGAAUCGAUGCCGCCGAUGAGUCCCACAAGAGCCAAGACCAUGCCGUUACCUUCUCCCACUGGUGGUUCUGGACAUGGUUCUUUGUCGUCUGCCUCGUCCGAUAAGCGUUCGGCUUCGACAGAGCUGUCAGCCGCCAAGUCGACGGGCUCCAAGAGCAAGGGCGGAUUGUUUGGCAAGAAGUUCAAGGUGAAUAAGAAGACUGCCGCAGUCCCUUCAGCAUCAGCAGGAUUGCCCAGCAGUGUCAACGGAGGACGGAAGAGACGGUUAUUGCCCCUUGGAGUACGUCGACAGGAUGUGAUGACCCGGACAGUCGAGAAGAUGGACGAGGUCUUCCCUUGGAUGUGCAUCGAACACAUGGCAGGUCAAGACAGCGGAUGGGUCAUGUUGGAGCCUGUUGAGGAUGGCGCUGUAGGGUGGGUGGUCAUCGAUAAGUUGGAGGAGGAGGUUGAGCGGUACAACGGACAAGCGCAGCAAUUGGAGCAGCAAUAG